CUCAGUCAGGGUGAGAAGUCCUAAAUCCUGUCUAAUCACUUCCUUCCAAUUCUUCUUAGGUCUACCCCUUCCCCUACUUCCCCCGAAAACCGUAAUCCGCUCGCAUCCCCGUACAGGGGCGUCAGCAUCCCGCCGUCUCACAUGACCAAACCAUCUCAACCUCGCUUCCCGCAAUUUAUCUUCCACCGGCGCCAUGCCUACCUGACGUCGGAUAACUUCGUUCGAAAUCCUAUCCAACCUUGUCUUCCCACACAUCCAUCGUAACAUCCGCAUCUCCGCCGCAUGCAGACGACGCACAUGAGUCNUCUUGGCUCGGUAAUCCAGGCUGAUGGGGAGUUAGACGGGGAUGUUGGACAUCGUGUUGGAGUGGCUUGGGCCAAAUGGCGGUUGGCUUCAGGGGUAUUGUGUGACCCGAAGAUUUCGCCCAGGAUGAAAGGCAAGUUCUACCGAUCCGUAGUCAGACCUGCUAUGUUAUAUGGGGCAGAGUGUUGGGCGGUUAAGAAGACUCAUGUGCGUCGUCUGCAUGCGGCGGAGAUGCGGAUGUUACGAUGGAUGUGUGGGAAGACAAGGUUGGAUAGGAUUUCAAACGAAGUUAUCCGACGUCAGGUAGGCAUGGCGCCGGUGGAAGAUAAAUUGCGGGAAGCGAGGUUGAGAUGGUUUGGUCAUGUGAGACGGCGGGAUGCUGACGCCCCUGUUGAGCCGGGGAGGGAAAUGGCGAGGUUUCAUUUAUCAUUCGUGCAGGAUUUGUUUGGGAUUACGGAAGGGUCCCAAGAUGUGGGACCUUCUACUCCUCAGGGGGGGUCCUACGGGUCGGUCCCGUCCCCCUACCUGCAGACUCAGUUCCGUCGAUUCCAUCAUUACCCAAUUCAGUCAGCUGGGGGGGAUGCCGAAUCGUCACACCCUACGGUGAGCCAACAGGGUGGUAUUCCCGGAGAGAAUGAGCCGGGACCUGCCGACGGUGGGGAAGCAAUCCGGUCUCUUGGAAACAGCCUCCCUGCUUCCAAGUAGGGGCAAGGUCUGCGUACACACACCCUCCCCAGACCCUACUGUAGUGGGAUCCAACUGGGUUGUUGUUGUUGAGUCAUUUUAUGAGAAGAUUUGCCCAAAAUACAGCAGCACUAUAGCGUUUUGGGUGAGAGUUUUGCUGCCGGUGCUUAUGGAAUGAUAAAGAGUUUUUCACUAUAUAAGCUGCUUAUAAGUUAAAUGUUCUAUAGUGGAAAUAAAGUGACUUAAUUGAU